AUGAUGACGUGCCGUCUGCUGUGCGCCCUGUUGGUGCUUGCUUUGUGCUGCUGCCCGUCCGUUUGCGUGACAGCGAAUGAAGUUAAUGGUGCCCCAAGAACUGACCACGCUGUGCCAAAGGUACCAGAGGUACCGGAACCAGGCAAAAAAGAAGAGAAACCAGGUAUUGCGAAUGGUACGGAAAAUACACAAGAUUUGCCAACCGGUGGGUCGUCCAACAAUCAAGUUGUAUCAGAUACGUCUGGUCAGUCAGCGUCACAGGUUUCUGGCGUUCCGCUACAGCCAAGUACUGUACCAACCGUUGCGUCAGGUGCACAAAUUGUGCCGAUUCUACCCGAAAAAAAAGAAGAAAAGAAGACGACUGCAUCAAAGACCACGACCACCACAACCACAAAGGCACCAACUACGACUACGACUACAACUACGACGACCACGACGACCACCCGCGCACCGUCACGUCUUCGCGAAAUCGACGGCAGCCUCAGCAGCUCUGCGUGGGUGUGUGCCCCGCUGCUGCUCGCCGCAUCCGCGCUGGCGUGCACCGCUGUGGGCUAA